AUGACAUCUACAUCUCACAAGCGUCGAGCCGACAAUGAGCCGGCCUCAUCACCACCAGCCAAGCGAUCGCGCAGCCAAAAGCCGACAUCCCCCCCAGCAUCCUCGCCACGGCCCCCGUCAUCAAGGCGAAGGACACCACGCCCAGCUAUCCGCCAGCCCUCUACCUCCCGAACACCCUCAGUAUCCGCCUCGCUGGACGAGGCAACCACCACCUCAGAGACAGACGCCCUCUUCCACCGCAUACAAUCCGGUAUCACCUACACCCUCUCCACCACCACCCCCUUGCAAACAACGCGCUUCACCAUCCCAACCACCACCAGCAAGCCCACUACGCUCGCCGCCCUAAACCUUCUCCGCACCCACGCCACACUCAUAGCUUCAUCACCACUCUUCGAGAUCUACGAAUUGGGCGUCCCAAGACCAGAUUGGGUGAAGCAAGGGGGUUGGCUGGGCAUUCACGAUCCGCAGUGGUGGGUGGGGAGGAGUGGGGCGGAGGUGAAAGCGGGGCCUUGGGCGGAUGAGCUUGAGAUUGAGAGAUGUGAGAAGCGGGUUCAGGGUGUGGUGAAGCGGAGGGAAAAGAGAGUGAAGAAGGGGGUGGGCAAGGGGGAGAAAGAGAGAGAUGAGAAGCUGAGGGAGGGGCUGAGGAGGCAGAGGGCGGGGUUGAGCAUGUGCGAUUGA